AACUUUAUGCAAUAAUAUACAUACUUAUCUAUAAAUAAUUAAACACACUAAAUGCAUUUCACACCAAGUGAAUAUUAAGUUUUAUACUCUAUACUCUUGUGUUAGUUCUUGUGUUCCUUUCUGUGACCAUGGACGGAAAGAAAUUAGAGUACAAGGGUGAGGAAGCAGUGAAGAGAGAAGCUGAGAAUGAGAACACAGUGGUGGUUGAUGGAAGUGUUCUUGAGGAAUGUUGCAUUGCGGUGGAAGAGCAACUGGACUACAUAUACAAACGGUGCCGGAGCCAUGACAAGUCGGUGGGGCCAUUGGAGAUACGUGUGGUGGAGCCAGGAAGCUUUGAUUCAUUGAUGGACUUGUUUAUCAGCCAAGGAGCUUCCAUCAAUCAGUACAAGACUCCCAGGUGCAUCAAAUCUAAGAAGGCACUCAAAUUACUCAAUUCUAAAGUUACCGCUUCCUUCUUCAGCCCCAGAGAUCCCAAAUGGGUGCCCAAGAUGUGUUGAAUCCAUUAUGCUUUUUGCUUUGUUGUGGCUUUGUUAUCAAUAAUCAACGCUACUCAACUUUAUAGCUUUUUCUUUGUUCCAUUGUGAUUAGGAAAUAGGGGAGUGACUAACAUUGUUACAACUUUUACAUCUCCUUUAUACCACAACUGGCUACCAUGCUAAAAUUGUCUUUUGUGAGUAAGUAAUUCUCAGAUACUCACUGCACAAAAAAUUUAUUAAUAAAUUUGAAUUUACCGACAAAUUUGUUGCUGUCAUUAAUUAAAAAAAUUCUUUUAGUGAAAGUAUAUAGAUCGAAUGUCUUAACCAAUUUCCAUCACUUUUACCUAUUUCUACUUGUAAUAUAUAAGUGAACACUACCUCUUAGUGCAACCAAAAUCAUAGUUUUAUUAUGCAAUAAAUAUCGUAUAUCAACUCUUAAUUUCACAGUAAAAGGAAAACUUCUACGCAAUUCAACUACUAAAGACAUUAUUUGAAUAUGUUGAUUCACCUAUCUUUUAAUUCCAUAUAUAAAUUCUUGUAUGUAUCAUUCAUUAUUAAUCUUUCCUUGGUUUUAUAUUUAUGUUUCAUGUUU